CUAGUAUUUGUUAAAGCAUAACACUUGUAUGUUUCUUGUUAGUGUUGCGGCUAAUUUUCAUAACACUUGUAUGUUUCUUGUUAAUCUGCAAACAGUUUCAAACUUCUAGGCAAUUUUAUUCAUCUAGUAUUUGUUAAAGCAUAACACUUUAUCCAACUAAUACGUUUGUUUUCAAUGAAGAGUAAUUGGAGUUGCCUCUUCUUUAGACAAUAGCAGCCGUAGGUAUGAGUUUUUUCUUUCGUUUUUGGUCAAUUAGCAGCAGAGCAGGUUUCUUCCUUUUCCUAUGCAAGCAGCCGCAACAGCAAUCAAGAACCUGGGAGGGCUUUAAACUUCACUUUUCUUUCCCUUGCAUCUAAUCUAAUUUAGAUUUUGAGCAACUAUUAUAAGUUUACAGCAUUAAUUAAGAGAAAGGAAUGAACUUGGAUUUCUGCCUUGUACACAGAUUAACAUCUUUUAUAUUUUAUCAAGAUGGUAUAUAAACUUGGAUUUCUGCCUUAACAUAUAAGUGUUCUUAUAAAAGAUAGUUCUAUGAUAUAGAAAUUAUAUAAAAAAAAUGAGUAUAUACGAUUUUCUUGGACUAGUAGCUCUCCCCAGUCCCCACUUCCGUCUUUCUUUUUUAAAUGAGCAUAGUUGUUGACCAGUGAAGUGGCAACAUGUCAAGGACACAUUUUAACCGUAGGAAAAUUCCAAUGUGUAAUGAUUCAUGUGCCAAUAAAGGAUUGUUCCUUGUUUAAAACUAAUAAACAAGGAAGAGGUGAUAAGUAUAAUGUGCUGCACUUAAGUUUGUAGACACUUGUUCAUUUUUUAUGUUUUUACCUCUGUAUGUAUAAGUGUGUUGUAGUUAAGUUUGUAGGCGAUAUAAUAUGUGUUCAAAAACUUAAUACAGUUUAUCUUUGAAAAGAUCAAGGGGUAUGAGUUAGUGUUUAUUGUUUGUGUGAUUGGUUUUGCAUGUCUUAUAGAUGGGUGAUUCACAAGGUAAUGCCAAAAAAAAGGAUUAUAAAACUUGGACCAUAGAAGAGAGUAAUGUCUUGCUUCAGCUAAUGGUUGAAAGUGCCAAACUUGGCCUUCGUGAUAUCAAUGGAGUGAUAAGUAAACAAAUGGUAGAGACCAGACUCCUUCCUAAACUUAAGCAAAAGCUUGGUUAUGAAAUUAGUUUUAAUCAUUACCAAAGUAGAGUCAGAUGGUUUAAAAAACAAUACUCCAAUUACUCUCAACUUAUGCGGCACAACUCUGGAUUCGGAUGGGAUGCGGCCACAAAGAAAUUCACCGCUUCCGAAGAAGUAUGGGCUGACUACCUGAAGGUGGGCAUUUUUUUUUAUUCAUUUGUGUAUCUAUUUUAUAACAUCAUAAUAACAAACUUUAUAUUUUUUUAUAUCAGUCACAUAAAGAACAUGCACACCUUCGGUCAGAAACUUGUCCGGACUAUGAGGAUCUGAGAAUCGCAGUGGGGAAUGGAACUGCAACUGGGAUGGGUGCAAUUGGUCUUGGUGAAAAUACAGACGCUACAGUGUUAGGAGUAGAUGAUGAAUCAGGUGGAAUUGGUGGCAUUGAUGGAUUAUUUUUUGAUCCAAAUACUAACAUGUUCACACCGAGUGAAAAUGCA